CAUCAGGUUGUUAUUAUCUUGAUGAAAAUAAUCAAUGGAAAUCCGAUGGAUUAUUGGUCGGACCAUCGACAAAUUAUGAUGAAACUCAAUGUUUUUCAACCCGUUUGUCAGAAGUUGCUGGUGGAUUUCGUAUUUUACCGGCUCCAAUCAACUGGAAUUAUGUUUUUGCAAAUGCUGAUUUUCAAAAGAAUAAAACUGUUUAUUUGACUAUUAUCUGUAUAUCAUUAACUUACAUUAUUUCAUUGAUUUAUGCACGUUUGAAAGACAAAAAAGAUCUUGAAAAAUUAGGAGUAACAUCAUUACUUGAUAAUCAUAAAUCAGAUCAAUAUUUUUAUCAAAUUAUUGUUUUUACCGGUCAACGAAAAGAUGCUGAAACGAAAUCAAAAGUCCAGUUUGUGUUGUCUGGUGAUGAUGACACAACACAUAUUCGAACAUUUGUUGAUCCCCAUCGAGAGAUUUUUCAACGCGGUGGAAUUGAUUCAUUUAUUAUGGCUGUUCCAAAAUCAUUGGGAUUGUUGAAUUAUAUUCAUAUUUGGCAUGAUAAUACAGGAGGUGGUUCAUCAUCAUCAUGGUUUUUGAAAUAUUUAAUAGUUCGUGAUUUACAAACAAUGGAAAAAUUUCAUUUUAUUUGUCAACGAUGGUUAGCAGUAGAAAAAGAUGAUGGAAAAAUUGAGCGUCUUUUGCCAGUAGCUAGUGAAAUAGAAAAGAAUCAGUUUUCUUAUGUAUUAUCGAAAAAAGCCUAUCAUAAUAUAUCGGACAGUCAUCUUUGGUUUUCAAUAUUUUCUCGUCCAUCAUCAAAUAAAUUUACAUGUGUCCAACGAUGCACUUGUUGUUUUGUAUUAUUAUUUCUUUCGAUGUUUUUGAAUAUAAUGUAUUAUGAUCUCUCAAAUGAAUCUCAAUCCACAAAUAACACGAAUAGCUUAUCUAUUGGUCCUCUUCACAUAGCUCCUCAACAGAUUUUAAUUGGUGUGAUUGUUGAAUUAUUAUCAAUAAUUCCAAGCCUUUUACUCGUUCAAUUCUUUCGACGUAUUCGAUGUCGUCAACAACAAAGUUCACCAUUACAUCAAGCUUUAUAUAAAAUGAAAUCACAUUUAGAAAUUGAAAACGAAAAGAAAAAGAGAUCAGAAAGAUUUUUAUUUCCAUGGUGGUGUUUAUUUCUUGCAUAUGGUCUUUGUAUAAUAUUGGUGGGUAUGUCGAUUCUAUUUAUAAUAGCUCGAGGAAUUGAAUUUGGUGAUUUGAAAACAAAACAAUGGUUAACAUCAGUUUUAAGUGGAUUUUUCUCAUCUAUUCUUCUAACUCAACCAAUUAAAAUUAUAUGUUUGGCAAUGUUUUUUGCUUUUUUCUGUCAGAAUACAAAUGAUGAUAAAGAAGCUAAACAAUAUUUGGAUGAAUAUGAAGUUAAUUUCGAUAAUGAUGUUGAAGAAUAUCUUCAGCGGAGUGAGGUGGAGCAGAGGUCGAAACGAACCGGAAAAAUAGAGUUCGGUUCGAUCCGUCCCGAAUCAGUUUCGAAUUGGCCCGGUUCGAUUCGUUUUUCCUCAUCCUCCUCUAUGAUUCGGCUCGGUUCGAUUCGACCUUAUUUUUUGUUUUCUGAUUCGGUUCGAUUCGAUUCGGGCGAUUUUUUGAGAAAUUGA